AUGGAGACAAACGAGAUAAUAACAAAAGUAGAUCCUACAGCAACAACAAUUGAAAGUGCUGAAAAUAAUGGAUACUUUUCUAUAUUUCAAUUUGAUUUUACACAAAAACUUAGUUUGGUAUGUUCUACUAAAAAGCAAUUUAGUAGUUCAGUACUAGAUUGUUUAAACCAUAGUAAAAUGUUCGAAAAGUUAGAAGAUAUGUAUAUACCAAAUGCGUCUGAGGGAAAUUUUUUUAAGAACGCGAAAUGGUCACCAGACGGUGCAUGUUUAUUAACUUCAUCGAAUGAUAAUAUAUUAAGAAUUUUUGAUUUACCUAUGAAUACUUUAGAAACUGCUAAUGAACUUGAUUUAAAUUCGGUUCUGACUUGUCAUGCGGGAGAAACUAUAUAUGAUUUUUGUUGGUAUCCGAUGAUGUCUAGUCAAGAUCCGGACACUUGUUGCUUUCUCUCGUCAAAUCGUGAACACCCGAUACAAUUAUGGGAUGCUUAUACUGGCAAGGUAAGAUGUUCUUAUACUAUAAUUGAUCACCGAGAUGAAGUUGUAGGACCAAACGCGUUGACUUUCAACUUGGAUGGUUCAAAGAUAUAUUGCGGAUACAAAAAUAUGAUUAAGAUUUUUGACUCUCACCGUCCGGGGCGUGAUGGUGAAGAUGUUAAAACAACACCUUCACGUAAAAGUAAAGAAGGGCAAAAAGGAAUCAUCUCAUGCUUGUCAUUUAAUCCUGAUAGAUCAGGUUUAUAUGCAGCGGGAUCAUAUUCACAAACGAUUGGACUAUAUGAUGAAUCAAAUAAUGAAUUGUGUUGUGUUUUGCAAGGGACAAAAAAAGAAAUAAUUGGAGACAUAACACAAGUUCAAUUUUCUCGAGAUGGAAAGUACCUUUUUUCAGCAUCACGAAAAGAUGAUUUUAUACGUUGUUGGGAUAUUCGAAAUACUGGUGAAAUUUUAUAUAAAUUACAACGUAGUGGUAAUACCAAUCAAAGAUUAUCAUUUGAUAUCGAUAUAGCGGGAUCCUAUUUGGUUACCGGAAGUUUUGACGGAAAGAUUAUUGUUUAUGAUUUGACUAAUCUUAACGCCAAAGGAUAUCCUCAGAAAGUAUUGGAUAUGCCGGCACAUGAAGAUGCAAUUUCUGCUAUAUCGAUUCAUCCUUCUUUCCCGCUUAUUGCUUCUUGUUCAGGACAAAGAAAGUUUAAAUCGAUCGAUGCUUUUAUAUCAAAAGAUCAAAAUCGAAACACCACAAGUGACAACUCUCUCAAAGUUUGGAGAGCUAAAGGUGAUUAUGCUUGGCGCUAUUAUAAUACAGGGGGUGAAAAUUUAAUUCAUAAUACGGAAGUCGAUGAGAAUAUAACAAGUAAUCCUGAAGAGAUUAACGUUGAAGGAACAGUUGAUGUUGACAGUAGAACUGCUAUUUUAGAAGUCGACCUUGUAGAAGUUGAAGAGCAAAUGAAUAUUGAUUUUAAUAUAAAUGCAAUAGAUUAUUUAGAAUUAAAGAGGCAAAAUGUAGAUGAUGGGGUUAUAUGA